GGGAAAUGUGCAAGCUCUCUGCUUCUUCUCACAAAAGGGCUACAGCAGACGCGCGGCGAUAUAAAAAUUGAUCCAUUAGCAUUAGCCGUGUGCCUGGAAUUAGGUAACAUAGUGCAUCCCCGUCGCCGCCGGAUCGUCGUGUGUCUUGUGUGCAGCAUCAACGCGGCCCAGCCUAGCCACGCUCGCUGGCACAGACUUUUGAUGCUGAACACCCAACUGUCGAUUAGCAGAGGCCAUCAGCAGCAGCCGGGGGCGGCGAGCAAUGGCGGGCGCGGCGUGCCGUUCCGCAGACAACGCAAGUCCAACUUCAGCAGCGCCGAGGUGGAGAUCCUAGUGCGCGAGGUGGCUGCUCGGCGGGACGUGCUCUUCGGCGGCAGGGGCCGCACGUCCAUGAGCAACCUGUCCAAGAGCUCGGACAAGAUGUCCAAGUGGAACGAAAUCGCGGCCGCCGUCAACGGGGCCGACUGCGGCGAGAAGCGCACAGUGCGCGAGGUACGCAAGAAGUGGGAAAACGUGGUCAGUUCAUUCCGCAGGAAGAUCAGACACCCCAACCUGUUGACAUCGCUGAUCGGAACUGGACGCUGCCCAGCCGACGAGGCCCUCGCCUGCGCUAACGCCUACUGCGGCCUCCAACCCCCACCGACGCCCGCCAACCUUAUCAUCCAUCAGCAGCACCAGCAACAUGAGGAGGAAGAGGACGAAAUCUACGAGACCGACCCUGACGAGUUGUUCCUCCAACCAGAGGUGCAGAUCAGAGAGGGCGCCGACGCCGUUCCCGUCGACUUCAGCGACGGAAAAGGAGCCGGAAGAGUGGAGGAUGACUGCCUUCUCCUGCCUAAGGUGGAGGCCAGUGUGGAGGACGAGCAGCCCAAGGACGAGAGUCUAGACAUGCGCGAGAUCCAGAUGCAGAAGCUGCAAGUGAUGCGCGAGCUGCUCGAGGUGGAGUACAAGAGACUGAAAGUGGAGCGAAAGAGAUUCAAGUUGGAGAGGAUGCGAUUUGAGUUCGAGACUCGCAGGAUGGGCGCCUGGAACCAAGACUAA